GUGACAGAAAGAAGUGAAGUACGAGCUUCGCACUGCAGCCGGAGCGCCCGGUGCGUGCUGCAAACACCGAAGGAGAAACGAGAGAAGAAAGAGGGGAAAGAAAGAAAGCCAGAAGGGGAGCAGAGGACUGAGCAGCCCUCUGUACUCAUGGAUCAUAAGGAUAUCUAGUCAUUCGCCAUUGGGAGCGCACUGACACCGCAGUCCAUGCCUCUGCCUUGCCGGGUCAUUGAUGGGAAACCAACUGGAUCGGAUCACCCACCUCAACUACAGCGAGCUGCCCACGGGGGAUCCGUCCGGGCUGGAGAAGGACGAGCUUCGGGUCGGCGUCGCCUACUUCUUCUCUGACGAAGAGGAGGAGGUGGACGAUCGCACUCCGUCCGACUGCGGCUUCACCAAGGACCACAGCCCCGCCGAGGAGGGACCCUUCUCGGUCAGCGAAGUGGAAUACUCGGCAUUCUGCUCCCAGGAAUGCAUCUUCUCCAAGCUGCGGGAAAACGAGGACCUGAACGUGUACUCGGCCAAAACUUUGCUGACUAUGUGCAAGCCGGGGGACCUGCUGGAGCUGGUGGCCACCGCGCAAGCCCCCCACUGGGUCAUCUACCAGCGUGACGACCAGAUCAUUCACCUGCACAAGGGCGAAAUCCGCAGGGACAGUCUGCUAGAGAUCAGCAACGGCCGACACGGAAGAAUAGUGAACAAUCGGUACCGAUUCCGGCCGCUUCCUCCGGACCUGGUGAUGCAGAACGCUUCGGGACACCUGGGCUUGAGGAGCGAGGAGAUUUGUUGGACCAACUCAGAAAGUUUCGCUGCCUGGUGCCGCUUCGGAAAACGGGAGUUUAAAGCAGGCGGCGAGGCGCACUCUGCAGAGCAGCAGUAUUUCCUCAAAGUGCACCUGUCCGGCAGCGGGGUGCACACGCUAGUGUUUCGGAGCCUGGAGGACAUGAUCCGGGAGCGGCGGAGAGUGGACGCGAGUGGAAUUCUUAAAGAGCUCUCUUUGGUGAACGGAGGCAAGGACUGAUCAGGAAUUCCGUUUGAUAUCCUCCGCCUACUGUCACGGAGGCGCAUGGACGCACGCUUUGGCGCACAGACUGUCAGGACCUGCACACAUACGCACUCAAUUAAGCCCCGCCAGACGCGCACACACGGACAAAGACCUGUUGUUUUUGGGACUGGCCGCUUGUUUAGGGCAGACCGUGGCGCACUGUGGAUUUCCCAUUCAGAUGGAGGGCUGAGAUGUGAGGGAGCGCGGCCAUACAAACAGACAACGCCCCGCAUGGUUAGGACGCGUGCUGAGUCGCGCACUCGAUUUCUAAUCAACCCCAUUAACCCAGAACAAGCGAAAUCACCUUUACACAGCGCACACGAGUCGAUUUGAUUUCUCUUUGAUUUCUGGGGAAAGUGGAUUUGGCUCUUUUCUCCUCUGCAGCAGCAGAGCAGACCGGAAGAGAAAGGGGAUGGGUGUAGAUGGGAUCUGGGGAUGUCUCUCGGAGGUCUCUCUUUUAUUUUUUUACUGCUAGCUUUACUACCAGGACAGACCCAACGACACAGACCCGAGUCACUUAAUGAUUCAUAGACCUAUGACAGCCUCAGUUGUUUGCAGCAGUUGCCUAAACAAAGCGUCUGGGCUUGACCAAGCUCCUCUUUUUGCCAUAUUGUCCUCUCCACAAUGCUGUCAUCUCGCUCACAGCACUGGAUGUAUGUGUAAAUUGUGUUCAUACAUUGAUUUUAAAAUUUGAGUCCCUUAUUUUUGUAUUUAAGUUUAGUGGAUUGAUCUCUUUUUUUGGUUCAAAUAAAUGAAGGUUGAAAUAAGAAGAAAAAAAAUCUGGUCUUUUAGGUCUUGUUUGCACACAAACAACGCUGCAUUCUCCAUUUGGCGAGCACACAUACAUCUAUGAAAUAUUCAUGUCCAGAUACCUCACGACCUCUCUCGAGCCAAGCACACUUCACACAUCUUUGUAGUAAUCUGCAUCAAACACAAAACAUCAAUCUGUGAUCAUGCAGCUUAUACUGGCUGUUUCAUAGAGUGUUGUUCACAGUUAAUUCAGCAAAGGCGUUUCAUAACUCGAGCUCUGAUCUGUGUGAUGUGGAUUUUACAGCCUCCCAUAAUUUCCGAGCACAUAUUUUACAUCUCUGGAGUGUGCAAGAUGUCAUAAUCCUUAUCAUUAAGCAACACAGCUGCUUGUGUUUAUCAAUCACUUUAUGUGAGGGGUGGACAAUGGCUUUGCUUUUCUGGCAUUUAUCAAAUGAGGUUGGAUCAUUUAACUCAUCAGAAUCCUGGAUUUGUUCUUGUGCUGCUUUCAUGUUUUCCCUUAAUUCCAGUUGAAAGGACAGGGAAGCACAUAUGUGGAGGUGUUUUUCCAUGAGGCGUGCUUUUAUUGAGCAUGUUGCAACCAUCAGUCAUUAUAUUGAUUGUAUGCAUUAGCAAAGGGUAACUGGGCACAGUGAUGGAGAUGAGUAUGUCUGUAGAUUUUAUAGGAACAGCAAAGUUCUGACCUUCAAGUACUUUUGGUUGUAGCAAUGUAAAUGAGAGAGUUGCAGUUGUUUUUUAAAUCAACAGAUGUGAGGCAGCAUGUGUGCAACAACAGUAAAGCUGAUUUAAGUUAUGCAUAUGUGAUGCUUUGACAUCUUAGGUGUGCCCAGGCAAUGGCCUCGCUGAAAUAGGGUCCUGUGCCAGAAUACAGACUACUAAAGCUAAGAAUCUGAAUGUAUGCUUUGAGAAGAUGGCUUCUAUAUUUAUUAACCUCAUAAUUGUAUAAAGUAGUUCUUUGUUUUUGUGUUAUUUAUUUUUUAGUUUUUUUAUGCUUUCUGCCUAAGGUGCAAAUGUGUCAGGGAGGUAACAUCUAAAAACAAACUUGUGCAUCAAUUACAACCCUUACAAAUUUUCCUUUGCUUCUUGGCCCGAUACACAUGAAAAUGUGGCGGUCCAGCAAUUCUGGGUAAUAACCUUUAAGUUGUUACCUGGUUUGUUGCUGAGUUAAAGGACUAAUUCACUUAAUAGAAAUCCAGACUCUAAUUAAUGAGCUCUUCAUCAGCAUCUAAAAUUAUUUGACUGGUUGAACCUUGACUGUACAAUAGAUAUAACCCAGGGGCGAUAUAUACGUGUCAACUUUCCCAGUAAGUCAAUUCUGCCAAAAACCCUUAUCAUUAGGUAUUUUAUUAAAAACAUAUGGAACAAAAAAUAUUGAUCAAUUCAAUAUUUCAAUAGAAAUCUAGGAAUUAGCUUUUCUCUACAAAAGAGUUUUACAAAUCACUAACAGAGGUUUAUGAACUAUAGCCCAGUUUGAUCAGUCUGUAUAUUGCACAUUUUAAUUGUCAGUAAAUAUCUAAAUAUUGCUUGUAAAACACUUUUUUGUGUUUUACAAGCAAAUAUUAGUUUAGUGGACAUUAAAUUGUGUUUUAUAGAAUCUCCAUGCUUAGCAUAGAAUUACUCAGUCAAAGUUCGCCUGGCCUAAUUAUGAAAUUUUAACUGGAAAAAAUCAAAAGCAAACAACUCACUUAAAAAAAACAAACAGAAUAUGGCCAUUUAUUUGUGCUGUAAAUCAUAAACUGUGAAUUAAACACCAACUUCGGUGUCAACACAUAGCAGGCAAUUGUCCAUUAAAAACAAAUUGAUAUCCCAAUAAGCAAAAGAAAACUCUGACCUAACUAUGCUGCUCUGGGCAGAAACCCGUUUUGCUCAUAUCAAAACCCACCAAUGCUCCAGGCAGAAGGAGCAGAUCACCCAGACAGGCAUUGGUGCACAAACUGCCACCGUUUAUUUGGACUUCCCAUUAGACAUAUGACCAGAUACUUUUCAUCUAUUUCCUUUCUUCUCAUUACCAUCAGUUUCCACUGGCCCUUAGCCACAGCCUGCAAAAACACAUUUUCAUAUCUGAAGAAAAUAAUUAACAAAUGUGGUAGUUUAUAAAAAUUCAAGCAGGAAAGAGGGUAUUUUAAAUUUUCUUCUUUACAAACUUGACAUUGUUGUUGCCAAACAUGAACCCCAACCUUUUGCUGCUGUUUUAGUCCUUAGCUUUUGACGUAUUCCCUUGUGAUGACUGUUCUGCCUGUUCAGUACAUGUUGAACAGGCUGAGGUUGCCUCAGGUGAGUGAUUUUCUAUAUAUUUUUUUAGCAUUUGUGUUCAUGUGUGUGUGAGAGAGAGAGAGAGAAAGAGCGCGAGAAAAGGAGAGUGUGUCAGACUUCCCUUGUGAGCUUGAUAAAUCGGGGUACUGGGGCAGCCAGUGUUACACUGCUGUUUGUGGUCUGUGACUAAUAGGACUCCGAGAAAGACGAACAUGUGUAUGUGUGCGCACGCCACAAAGCCAGUUUGAGGGGAGAUCAUUGCCAUCUAUGACACUGUUUGUGUGUAGAUCCUUUACUUUCAGUUCCAUAUAUACAUCGGGUAUGUAUAGGAGAGUUAAAGUGAGAAAGGCUAGUAGACAAAGCUCUGAGUGUCAGGUUGUUUGUUGAAAGCCCUGGUCACUUCUCACUGUUUGUGUGCAUUUGCAAGCCAUAUGCUGCGUGCUUGUACCAUGUAGCCAUGAAGAUCUACAUCUUUGUUUCUAUCAGCAACAGUGGGGAAGUAGCCGCUGUUACUAGGGAAACUCCAGACCCUGGCAAACAGCACAUCCACCAAGCUCUGCAUGCUUCUGAGUGUGAAUGAGCAAACGCCUCAUAGUCCAAAGCUACUGUAGCUGUCAGCCUUAACAACCACUCAUGUAAGACAUAUGACAUUCAAAUCUUUCUCUCUCUCUCUCUCACACACACACACACGCGCGCCACUGUUUCCUCAGGGACCGGCUAUUGUUCCUUUGGCACUGAAGUGUUUAAUUCACCCAGAGAAUUGUUUUCUGUAUGCAUCUGGACAAAGAGGAUCUAGCCUUCUGCCAGCUAAAUCAGUGGUCUCAGAGGAAAUGUUCUGGGGAGGAGGGAACAAGAGAGAAUAUUGUGCCUGCAUGAUACCUUUAAGAGGAUCUCCCUCUAAUCUAGAUACAGGGCCCUCCCGGUGGAGUACUUUUUUCAGUCUUUAUUCUCAAGGAUGGGCAUUAUUCAACAACAGCACAGCUGGUGAUAAAAACGAGGCAGUUUCAAAUGGGUUGCAAGCUGCUAAAACGUUGGUGAACGCAGUUUAUACCUCUAAACAUCUGUUGUGAACACAUCAUCCAUCACAUGGAGUAUAUCUGCAUUUGAACCCCCACCUAUGCUUUGGCAUUUAAAUCCAAUUGCUCACUGCAACACAUUUGUAAAUUGAAUAUCACCAUUAAGGCCUGUUAUCUGUGCUUUCAGAGCAUCAUUGUAGCCAGAGAAUAAACUGAUGAAAGGUCUGUGUAUUCUGCAUUGUGGGUGUUUUUAUAGCAGUGAUUCCCAAAGUGAGGGCUGAUAUGUUAAGGCAAGGAAAGUUUAUUUACAUGGCACCAUUUAUGCUAAAGGAAGUUCAAAGUGCUUUGAAGGAAAAUGAAGGAAUAGAGAUAAAUAUAAUUACUUUAAUUAUACAAACACAACAAAAGAAUAGCAAUUACAUAAACAGAAAUAUAAGCUUAAAAUCAAGGGGAGAAAAAUCAUCUUUGACUUGUAGCAAAUGGCAAUCUUUUUAGGCGUGAUAUAAAAGAGGCAACAGUUUCUGCUCCUCUCAGGUUUUCUGGGUUCACAGCUGAGGAGCAGAGAAACUAAAGGCUUCCUCUCCAGGUUUAGUUCUGAUCUUCCCUCAGGUCGGCCCAAGACUCUAUGGGGGCUCAGGAAGGAUUUGAUUAGGGGACCUUCUUACUGUUAAGAACGUCAUCAUCACUAACAGCGUUUUAUACACAUUUAGUGGAAUCUGGGAGAUGGGUGCAAACGUAAUCGGCUGAGCUUAAAAACAUUCAGAGGCUGUUUGCUGAGACGUAUUUGUGAACAAACCGAGCUCAAUCACAAAGAAAACAUAAAGCUUGCAGCAACAGACCGUGACAAUGUAAACACCACCAUCAAGCAAUUAAGUUUUUUUCCCUCUAUACCUUUAGAAAGGGAAUUGGCUAAUCCCUUUAAAUGUUAAAUUUGAAGUUUAAACAAUCAAAAAGCUUUGAAUUUACUAUGCUGAAACAAUCAAAGUCAAUGUAAUCAUAUUCUCAUCCUCAAUAAUAAAAUAUUAGGAUGUAGGUGUAUGGUCUGUGUUCAAGUUUUAGCAUUUCAGAAACGAUCCCUGAGGGCCCCAGACAGCGGGUUAGUUCACUUAUGCCUUGGGCCGGGUCUGGUGAAUGGUCUGCAUGGUUCAUAUCUGACCAGUAGCUCUGAAAUAUAUUUAGAUUAGAACAUUCAGUGCCUUUUAGACCAUGGACGAGAUUUUAAAGUCUAAUCUUUUGCAAACAUGGUUUCCAUAUUUAUGCCGUUUGUCAGGAUUACCCAAGCAGUAUUUUUUUUUAUUGAGCUUCAGCUGCCUGAUAAAAGUUUUUUUUUUUUUUUGUGAAGACAAGUAAAGACACCAUUACCUUUACCUAACUGCAAUUUAAUCCCAGGUUGCACAAGUUUUUAUUCGUAAUUUUUUUAACAGACAAGCUUUUAUUCUGACAUUUUUAAGAUGGCAUUAAACUGAUUUAUUAAUAACCUUAAUUGGAUGCUAGAAUUUAAGUCCAUAAUAAUAUCAAGAUUUCUUACAUACUCUGUGUUUUUAUUUUAUUUAUUUAUUUAUUUUUUUUGGGGGGGGGGAUUUUAAAUGUAUUUAUAUGCAGUUAAACUGAAGUCUGAAGUUUAUUUAUAUUGCACCAACACAUGCCGUGUAGGCUGAUCUUCAUUCCUUCUUUUUCGGAACAAAAACCAUUUAAAGGAAAGGUAUUCAGACAGAUUUGUUCAUGGAUGUUAUUGACAUUCUGACUCAGCGACUGUAAGGGUAUGGUAUCUGUUAAUGAAAAAUCAUGUCCUGUUUUAUCAGCAUAUAUGUGUCUAUAUGGUAAGAAGUGUUGGAGUACUCCAUAAUCUAAACUAGGAGGAGCACUUGCAAUUAUAAUGAGUAAUAAAUUAUAUAAGUGGCCCAUGAAUGGAGCCUUGAAGAACUCCACAUGUGAUUUUUGUUUGGCCAGAUCCAUGUUUACCAAAGGAUACAAAGCAGUCUUGGUAUAACAAAUAAUAUCUGAGUCAGUUUAGUAAAGUAGCAGACAUGCUCUCUAAUCUAAUCUACCUGCAAGUUAUAAUCAGCUGAGUUAAAUGAAAGACUGAAAAACAGUUAUACAAAGACAUUGGUUUUAGAAGCAUUGCCGAAAAGACUUUCAUUAAAUACUUGCAAUGC